ACAGAUUCAGUGUCAAGAUAGAAGGCGUGGACGUGGCAUGGACAGAGCAAUAUUUGUGUUAGUUCUCCAAGGAAACUGUGGAUUAUAUCGCAAAGUAAAACAGUGAAAAUACGGACCUGACUGACGGUCAUAGGCAUGAUGAUGGCCUCUUGGGAAGAGAAUUUGGGUCAGCCCAAUUAUUCUGUGUUGGGUAUGGAGGGGGCAUCACACUUGUCCAGUUCCCUCUUCAAUCUCAGCAGCAGUUAUGGGGGUCCAGGAGCUUUUCUCUGGCUGUUUCCAUCAGAGAACGUCACAUUCUCCACCACAAGGUCCACAAUGCAGCCCAUAGACCCUCCGCGAAUGCGGGACCAGGCCUUGGCCCAGGCAGAGAUCGGGGUGCUGGGACUGGUGCUUGCCCUCACAGCUCUGGGUAAUGGCUUCGUGCUGUGGGUACUGCUGCGUAGGAAGAAACAUAACGCACCUAUGCAUCUCUUCAUGGUCAAUCUGUGUGUGGCUGACCUGGUAGUGGCCUUCUUUCAGGUGUUGCCACAGUUGGUGUGGGACAUUACAGAGCGCUUUCAGGGCCCUGAUGCACUUUGUCGCUCAGUCAAAUAUUUGCAAAUUGUUGGAAUGUUUGCGUCCUCCUACAUGAUCGUUGCUAUGACUGUGGAUCGGCAUUAUGCCAUCUGCUGCCCCUUGCAGGCAUAUCGAGGGAGCACGCCCUCUCAUUGGAACACCCCCAUCAUGGUUGCAUGGGGCCUAGCCCUUGUGCUCAGUUUACCACAGGUUUUUAUUUUCUCACAAUCAGAGGUUGCCCCUGGGGAGUUUGAAUGCUGGGGCCACUUUGCUGAGCCAUGGGGCCUUAAAGCAUAUGUCACCUGGAUGACUGUGGCUGUGUUUAUACUGCCAGCCUUAAUCAUCACUGUCUGUCAGAUUCGCAUCUUCAGAGAGAUCCAUGACAACAUCUACCUGAAGUCAGAGCGGGUGGUGACAGCAGAAUUUAAGAGGAACUCUGUCUUCUUCAAAUUUCCUCAACGGGAUGGAUGUGUGAGUAAGGCCAUGUCUAAGACGGUGAGGAUGACUCUUGUCAUUGUGCUAGUCUACACCAUCUGCUGGUCUCCUUUCUUUAUUGUUCAGUUAUGGGCAGCCUGGGACCCCAACCCACCAGACCAAGGAGCAGCUUUCACUAUUCUGAUGCUAUUGGCCAGUCUAAACUCCUGCACUAACCCAUGGAUUUACACCGCCUUCUCCAGCAGUGUGUCCAGAGAACUGGUCGCCCUGCUAGGCUGCCACACCGGGUCACCACGCCGAGGUUCCCUACCAGAUGAUUCCACCACCACUCACACAUCCACCACUGCCAAGGACUCUAUUUAUUGACCUUUUCCCAGAAUCCACCAUACAU